AUGGCCAGCUGCUUGGUAACCGCACUGCUGUUGCUACUGCUGCUAGGAUCGCGGAGCUCUGUAGCACCGAAUCCAUGCGUGGACGCGGCCGACGCGUGCACCGCCGACGAGCGGUGCCAUCGGCUGCGCACCGCGUACGUGGCGCAGUGCUUGGGUCGCGCCGCGCCGGGGGGCUGCCCCCGCGCCCGCUGCCGCCGCGCCCUGCGCCACUUCUUCGCCCGCGGGCCGCCCGCGCUUACCCACGCACUGCUCUUCUGCCCUUGCGGCGGCCCCGCGUGCGCAGAGCGUCGGCGCCAGACCUUCGUGCCCUCCUGCGCUUUCUCAGGGCCUGGCCCAGCGCCACCUUCCUGCCUCGGGCCCUUAGACGCCUGCGAGCACAGCCGGAUCUGCAGGCCCCGCCUCCUAGCCUUCCAGGCCUCCUGCGCGACCACGGCCAGCAGCCCUGACGGCUGCCUCCAAGGCCAGGCCCCCAGCUGCCUGCGCGCCUACGCCGGCCUCGUGGGCACAGCCAUCACGCCCAACUACGUGGACAACGCAAGCGCGCGCGUGGAACCCUGGUGCGACUGCAGAGCCAGCGGAAAUCGGCAUGAGGAGUGCGAAGUCUUCCGGGGGCUCUUUACGAGGAACCGCUGCUUGGAGAGUGCCAUACAGACCUUUGACGGUGGGUGGGCCCCAAUCCUACGUAACCAACUGGACUCCCACCAAGACCCUGAGCAGAGUCUCCUGCAGGUGUCUACUGCAGAUGCACCCCUGGAGGGGAGCUCCCUGCUCUCCAUGCUUCUUGUUCUGGCUCUCCAGUCCCUGUUCUGA